AUGUCUGACACUUCAUCAACUAGUGGUGAGGAAUAUUCCUGCCUAACAGAACGGUUGUUAGAUUUUGAUGAUACGAGCGAGGAUGAUAUGUUGAACCCAUGUGGAAUGACUAGAAAACUUGUAACACUUGUCCCUGUCAUAUGCGCAGCAACAAUGAUAGACAUUAAAGGACCUCAUGGUGGCUCUGUUCCUGGAAGGCAUUUCAUUCACCGUGAUAGAAUUCCUCGCCAUAGGAUUAUUAUUCAUGACUACUUUAAAGGGGAAAAAUCAAGGUACACAACUGAUCAUUUUCGGCGUCGUUUUAGGAUGGACAUCAAUCUUUUUCUUCGUAUCUUAUAUGAUAUUAGUCAGUAUGAUGAUUACUUCACUCGUAAGGUUAAUGCUGUUAAAAUGGAAGGAGUAAGCCCUUUGCAAAAGAUGGUUGCAGUUGUUAAAAUGCUUGCAUAUGGUUGCGCCGCUGAUAACCUUGAUGAAUAUGUUCAAAUUGGCGAGAACACUGCAAUUGAAUGUCUCAAGCGUUUUUGCGAUGCAAUAAUUGGUAUCUAUGAAGAAAAAUAUCUAAGGAAACCAACUGAAACUGAUAUUGCAAUGUUGUUGAAGGAAGGUGAAGACCGUGGCUUUCCCGAAUAUUAA